CACCGCCGCCGCCGCUGCCCUGCCGCCGGCGACCUCUGCUGAGAGGAGCAUGGCCGCCGCCCCCGCCGGCGCCCAGAACCGCUGCGUCUUCGUUGGGAACAUUCCUUAUGAUGCGACGGAGGAACAGCUCGUGCAGAUUUGCGAGGAAGUCGGCCCUGUGGUCUCCUUCAGAUUGGUUAUUGAUAAAGAAACUGGGAAGCCAAAAGGUUAUGGCUUUUGUGAGUACAAGGAUGAGGAGACUGCUCUAAGUGCACGCCGGAACCUUCAGGGUUAUGAAAUUAAUGGCCGUCAGUUACGUGUUGAUUUUGCUGAAAAUGGGAGGAAUGCUGACAGAAACAGAGAAAAGGGUCGUGGAGGACCUGGAAUGGCAUCCAGUGUUGAUGCUCAGAAACAAUUAGCUGGGAGUUCUGUUGUAGGCGAUACAAGUCUUCAUCAGCCAGUUGGUCUUCCAUCGGCUAUUCAAGCUGCAUCUGUGAUGGCUGGUAUUCUUGGAGGAUCUCAAACUGCAAAUGUUCAAAAUGGUUUACCUGUCCAGUAUGGGCUUGGAAAUGACCCUCUUACUCAUUAUUUGGCCAGAAUGUCAAAGAACCAGUUGUAUGAAAUCAUGUCUGAGUUGAAGUCCUUAACUAAUCAAAAUAAGGAAGUUGCCAACAAACUGCUGCAAGGAAUUCCACAGCUGCCAAAGGCCCUAUUUCAGGCACAAAUAAUGCUUGGAAUGAUGACGCCCCAGAUGAUGCAGAUGGCAAAGAGCCAACAACCCUCUAACUCCUUGGCACAGCCAGAUGCUUUGAUACCAAGUAUUCCAAGACCGUCGGCAAGCUUGCCAAACCCAAAUGUCCUGCAGGACCCAACUGCACAGCUGCAUAAUUUUUCUCAGUAUCAGCAUUCAUCUCAGCCAGCAGUCACGAUAUUCCCACAUGGAAGUCAGCCCCUCAGUGCUUCUUCCAGUGUUCCUCCUCCACCGCUUGCUACCUCAGGAAGCCUGAUAUCGCAGGUUCAACCCCCAUUCAUGCCACAUCACCCUAGGCCACCAGCUAUGCCAGCGAGUAUACAACAACUACCAUUGACUCAUCCACAUCUUCCUCAGGUACCUGCUGCACCUGAUAUACCACAGAAGGAAAUUAGGUUUCCUGAUCAAGCAAAUCAUCUGGCGGAGUUUGCUCAUCCUUCAAAGUUGCGAAAAUUGGAGGAUGGAACAUCCACACCUGCAAUUGUAAACAAUAAUCCAGCUGUUUAUCCUGCUCCAUCCCAAGGAAUGGUCCCUGGUGGACCAUCAGGGAGCUAUAGUUCUGCUGCUGUUAGCUUCCAGCAGCCAGAGAACGAAGUGCCUCAGCUCACACCCGAUGUUGAGUCGGCUCUUCUGCAGCAAGUCCUGCAAUUGACACCCGAGCAGUUGAGUUCGUUGCCAGUAGAGCAACAGCAGCAGGUGAUUCAGCUUCAAAAGAUGCUCUCGGCUGGUAAAUAGCACCAUUUCUGUUGAUCAAGCUAUACGAAGUUGUGGACAAAAUGGUACAUUGUGAAUGAUGAAGAAACUGGACAGAUGUCCACAGUUGAUUUUGCCAAGCCACACACCACACUUGUAACUUCAAACGUUGCUGGCAUUUCUGGGUCAUAGCUUGUUCUCAUGAGCAUUCUUCAGAUAUUCUUUGUACGGUUGGAGAUAAAAUGUGAUAAAGAAAGAUAUGAAAGGGUCUUAUUGUUCAUCACUUAUGUAUCAUUAUAGAAAAAAGAAUAAUCCGUAUCCAUUUUUCUCAUGUUAUCUGUAGUUCCAGAACAUUUUGUCCUUAAAAUUUCAAGUAGUUGCAGAGAGAUGAUGGAUGUAUGGAUGAUGAACUCCAGAACUGUUUAUUUUUCUGUCUAAUCUUCCAGCAUAUUUCUUUUUCUUGAGGCCUAGCUGUUUUUUUCUCCCAUCCAACUCUACA